CAAGUAAACAAUUAAAACAUGUUUACUGCUUGAGUGUAAGCAAAAAAAUAAUUAAAUAAAUAUAAAACUUAAAAAAAUAUGUACCUAAUAUGAAAGUGUAAUAUUCAAGAGGAAGAAAAUUGAGAACAAAGACUUACAUAUUGGGACAAAGGCAAUAUGUCUAACGGUAAUACUGAAGGGCUUGAUCAAGAAGAAAAUCAUAAUAAUGUACCGAACACAACCAGCAAUAACUUGAAAAGUAAACAGUCUUUAACAGUAAAGUUAUCGUCAAAACAAAAUGUGGUUAACGAUGCUAAUACAAAUUCUAAACAUAGUGUUCAUAAUAAAAUACAGCUGGGCUCUAAACCAAAUAUUGAAUCGAAAGACAAAUUAGGCCAUGACAGACGAAGUAACAUCAAUAAUAAAAACCCAACAUCGAAGCAAAACUUAAGUCAUGGCAAUGUAGCGUCGAAGAAUUUGGAUCACGAUAGACGUGGCAGUGUCAGAAUUUCUCAGCCGACAUUGAAAUUCAAUAAUCAUGAUAAAGCUGUGUCAAAAGAACAAUUAGACCAUGAUAGACGUGGAAGCAAUGGUAAUGCUAAACCAAUUUCGACACACAAUGUCUAUCUCGAAACAAAUAAAAGUAAAAUAGAUACUUCAUCAAAACAAGCUAUGUCUAAUAACGACCAAUCCGUCGCUAAAAUUAAAAGUAACAUACAUAGUUCAGAAAGUCAUCAUACCAGGAAAAGUAUAAGCAUUCAUGAUACAAUUAAAAGCAACGUAAAUACACCAUCCACUGCUGAACAAAAUGUUGAAACCUAUAAAGUUGAUGAAGAAAAAAUAAGAAGCAGUUCUGUAUCAGAUAAUUUGCGAUUGUCGUCAAAAAAAUCAUCAAGCCGCGCUGAUAAAAUAAAAAGUCGCCCUGAUUUUUUAUCGACUCAAAAACUUACAAAUUCGAUACAAAAUCUUAGCCACAAUAAAAUGCAAUCGGAACACUUAUUGGAAGAAGAAGGUUGUUAUUGUUGUAUGUGCAAAUAUGUCUCACAUUUACACGAAGAAGUCCUGGAAGAAGAAGAACCUGUAGAUAUUCAACAGCUACUUGAUAACAAAGAAAAUGAACUGCGGAAUGAAUUUCAACUUCAUUUAGAGAAACAAAUGACUGCAAUGAAAGAAAAGUUUAAUUUCAUACUGCAUAAUGAACAAGUAAGAGCGAGUUACAUGUUACGUGAAGCUCACAGAGAGAGACAGGAGAAAAUCACUGCGCUUCAAACUCUUCUCGAGUGCAAGAACUUGGCUGGUCUCAUGUACGUCAUGUGUUCAGAACGAAGAAGAAGUCAGCUGGAGAUAAUGAAGAUUAAACAAGAAUAUACAAAUUACAUUCGAGCUCUACAAGAGAUCCUUGCGGAAGGGCAAGCGUUGAUUCUGCAUUUGUCCCGCGGAUACAAGACCGCGUUGCGCGUAGACAAUGAGUGGCGUGACAAAAUGAAGGACGUCAUCAGAGAGUUUCAACUUUUCGUAUGCCACUACAUGGGUGGUGAUUUAGAAGCGAACGAGUACUUAUUUGACAUACCAAAGCUGAUGGAAACCGCCUCACCAUUGGAAGUUGAUGAUGAAGAGGAGCCCUGUGCCGAAAAUGAUGAAGAAAUAGUACGGCAGGCUGAAGAGUCCUUUAAGAAAUUAGAAGAGGAAAGCAAAGAUUUAAAAUGGUGGGACCGUAUGGAGGGUGACUGCCCACCGUUCAUAAUGUUUGGAGAUUUGUCAGAGUUUGAGGCACCGAGGAGGAGGGAGAUAUCAAACAAGUUGAAGGCUAUGAAGUCUGCGCCAAAGAAGUGGAAAGAAUAUGCGUUCCACGACAUGUUCCUUCGCGCCGACUGCGGCAACCAUCAGCUCAUCAAGGACGUGUACCCGCCGCCGCCGGGCAGGAACCGCUGCGAGCUCGACGCCGUAGGGUCCAAUUACAACGGGAGCAGACGGCCAACAGGCGGCAGCACCGACACUCGAGCGGGGUCCAUACUGCGACUCAUGACAUCUGACGGGAAUUACCAAACCGACAAGAGCACACUGUUGGCUGCCAAGGAUUCCUUGGAGAUUGCCUCCUCGAAGCAUUUAUUGCAUCAUGGAAAACAGCGAUCGUUUCGAAGUCAUUCAGACAGUCAGUAUCAUUCGGUGGAAAAUAUAGACAUUAAAAAAAUAAGACAUUCGAUCGUGGUUGAAGAACUAGAACAAGAACAACAACUUUAUGAUGUGACAGAAGAAUGCCUAUGCGGUCCUGAAGAAGAAGAAGAAGAAGAAAAGGAGGAUAUUCAGAAUAAAAUUACCGUGGUGGACAGUUUAACUUGUGUCAGAGCACACGUCCCAGAUGCUGAUUCUAAGAUUAAUUAUGAAAAGUACUGUCCGAUGGACAAGUGUGAGCUGAUGCGCAUGAGCUCCUUCGACCGCGCGCUCCCUCCGUACAUGAAGGCGAACCCCUACACCCACUUCCGGCAGACCUUCGAGCACUACCACCCUUGCUCACCUGAGCAACUCGAAAUAAUACAAGAACGUAUCAAAGAGAGAGAAGCUAAAGAGAAACUUAUGAGAGAAGGCAAGAGCAAACCGGAUGUCUUAGAGGAGUGGAGAGAUGAAGUGGGCGGCGUGGCGACGCAGACCUCAGACUACAUGCUGGGAGACCUCCCCCCCUGCACCUGCCGCGACCCUCACCUCAACCCCGCGUUCAGCAGCGUCCCUCACCCCACCCCCGCGUUUAGCAGCGUCCCUCACCCCACCCCCGCGUCCAGCAGCGUCCGGAUGUUUAAUGUCCAAGAUCUGCUGCCAAUGAAGGAGGCCCUGGCGCAGAUAGCCACGGAACAGAUGUCCGACCACAAGGCCAACUUCAACCGACUCCAAGUCGACGGACAGGGGGAGAAUGUGGAUGAAAUCUUGAAUCAAGAUCGAAAAACAUUCACGAAAAACAGAAUGGAGUCAAUAAAGGAAAUUUUCAAGAAGUACCCCAGCCUAGCAGACUUAUUCCAAGGAAAUGCCAUGUGCUAAAAAAAAUACUGGAUCAUUCCCUUUUGUAU